AUGGGGCAUGUCACUCCUGGCAUGAACUCCUAUCGGCACGGACAUCGUUCCGAGGCGUGUAGGACGAAUGGAAGUAUUAAAGGCAUUUUAAAGUCAGAAAGCCGGACAACAAAGUGUGCCCUAAAAAGCGCCAUCAGUUUCACCCUGCCCGAUGUUAGACAAGCACCAGAAGCAGCAACCAUGGCAUACAUCUGGCAUGUCGUCCGGUCGCGUUGCGUGUCCUAUCCCCCGGCCAAAGAGCCUUGCCUGUACGGCCCAGUUCUACCAGUCUGGUUUGGUCAUAAUAGCCAUAUUGCACCACGGCGCAAGGUUAUGUUGCCAUGCGACAGGAGACAGGUUGGGAGGGCGUAA